GCAGAUGCUGCCACAGAUUCCGUCGUAUAUCCGCACAACCGCCAUGUUCUUCUGCAUAGUCAUCAUGCUGCUGGGCGUGGUGGGCAAUGUGAUGGUGAGUCCUGCCUCCUUUUACAGAAAAAUGGGCAAAAGCAUUUAUAAUUGAAAUUAAUUCAUUUGGAAAAAUGCCUCAAGGGCGCACAGGGUGAUUCACCCUUUAAUUGUAGAUAAACAUUUUAUUACGUACACAAAUCAUUAUUAUCCAUACUUAAAUUUUUAGCUUAACUUCAAUGUUAAUAUUCUUAAUCAGUAUUGCAACCAAGUCUAUCCGUCUUUGAGUUCAUCUGUAUGUUCGUCCGUUCGUCCGACUUUCUGUCCGUCUAUGUGUCCAUCUAUCUGUCCGUAUAAACAUGUUUUUAUGUUCCAACUCGAUGCAAAUAAAGAAAUUCGCCAGCACCAGGUGGUUGCUCGUGGCGAGCUCCUUAAGAUUGCCAAAUCCCAAAUCAACUCCGUUGCAGGUGCCCAUCGUGAUUGUGAAGACGAAGGACAUGCGCAACUCGACGAACAUCUUCCUCACCAACCUGAGCAUCGCGGACCUGCUGGUGCUGCUCGUCUGCACGCCCACCGUCCUCGUGGAGGUCAACACUCGCCCGGAGACCUGGGUACUUGGCCACGAGAUGUGCAAGGCAGUGCCGUUCGUGGAGCUCACAGUGGCCCACGCCAGUGUGCUGACCAUCUUGGCCAUCUCGUUCGAGCGCUAUUACGCAAUCUGCGAGCCAUUAAAGGCCGGCUACGUCUGCACCAAGGGGCGGGCCAUCCUCAUCUGCGUCCUGGCCUGGGGCAUUGCUGCGCUCUUUACGAGCCCCAUUCUGUGGGUGGCCGAGUACAAGCUGGCCGAGUACAUUGAUGGAUCGUCGGUGGCCGUGUGCCUGACCCAGGCCAUCAGCGACUGGACGCUGGCCUUCUUCCUGAUGACCAUCUCGGUGUUCUUCGUGGUGCCGUUCGUGACCCUGGUGGUGCUGUACGGCAUCAUCGCCCGGAAUCUGGUCUCCAACCGGGCGGCCAUGCUGCGCGCCCGUCCCACGAAGCCGGAACUUAGUCUGAAGGCCCGCAAGCAGGUGGUCCUAAUGCUCGGCGCCGUGGUGCUGUCCUUCUUCGUCUGCCUGCUGCCCUUCCGCGUCCUCACCCUGUGGAUCAUCCUCAGCACGGACCAAACGCUGCACGAUCUGGGAUUGGUGCGCUACUACAGCCUGCUGUACUUCUGUAGAAUCAUGCUGUACCUCAACUCGGCCAUGAAUCCGAUUCUUUACAACCUGAUGUCAACCAAGUUUCGAAGAGGUUUCAAACGGCUUUGCCAGGACGCAGGGCGAUUACUACUGGAAUUUGUAACGCUGGGAAGAAGGAAGGAAGACUCUUCUCGCGGGCGCAGAGGUACCUUGUCACUGGGCAUGGGCACCAAUACGAACACGAAUACCAACUCCUCAAACGCAACGGCAGCCACGAGCUCCAGCAUUCUCUCGAGGAGCUCCAAUCGGAGGUGCAGCGAGGAUAUCAGUCGCACUCGCCUUAAGAUCGAGAUGCAGAUGCCAUGUGGCAGUGAUCUGGAGGCCAUGGCCAUGCUGCAGCAUUCCACCUUAGGCAAGGGAAUGGCCAGGAGAGUCAGUGAUAGCCGCCUUAUGCCUCUGAGAAACCAUCAACCACGACGCCACAAGCCGCAAAUAAGUUUCGACGAGGAGGCACUGGAGGAGAAUAAACUUGGUGAAGGGAAAAUCCCAACAAAGGGUCGAGAAAAGCUCCCUGGAAUAGCAGGAGAAAUAGUAAAUCUGCCCGAAAAUCCCCUCUAAGCGAGAUGGUCGUGAAAAAUCGCCUUUAACCCGUUUACACACUCGCUUCACUUGGCUGGAAUGUGCCGAUGACGCUGAUCCCGAUCCCGAUUCCUAUUCCCGCUCCUGGUAAACACAAAUCGCUUCCUGAACGCUUUUGGCAGCCAUAAUCGAUUUCAGUCACCCGCUGACAGCUGCCGAGAAUCCCGAAUCGUAGUUGGGCUGCCGCCUUGGACAUUUCCGUACCAAAAACAAUCAAUUUUUCGGGCUAUUAAACUCGAAUGAAUGUGCCAAAGAUAAAUAACAGCAACGACAGCCGAACAGCACUAAAACUACCACUACUGGUCAGGGUUAGGAGUCCAGAUAUCGACUGGCAGUAAGGGGUAAGCCAUUAGGCGGCCUUCGAGGAGCGGAGCUGGCAAAAUGGAAAUGGCUUAAUAUGCGUUUGGGCGAACCAUCAGGUCGGCGGAUAAACAUGAUUUAGGUGUAUUGAAAUAGUUUCCGUACGCCGUAAGCCGGACCGGACAAAAUGGCCGCCAUUACACGGGCGGCCAUCACCGGAAGUCGAAAAAACUGUUGCCUACUUGGCGGCGGCUCAGAUAAAAAGCUUAGCUCAAUAUGCACACAAUGUCCACAUGUAAACACAGCUGUACAUACACAUACACGCACUCGCACACAUAGCCAAAUAUUAAUAUUUAUAUUUGUACGAACAUAUUUAUAUACACAU